CGGGGGGCGGGCCGCGCCGGGCGGAGCCGGGGUCCUGGCCGCAGCCGGACUCGGAGCCCGAGGCAGCGAUCGGCGUGCCGGCAGCCGAGGCCCCGGCGCGCUCCGGGGGCGCGGCGAGGCCGAGGGGGCGGGCGCCGGGCGGAGCCGGAGCCGGAGCCGUGGUGCCUGGAGGCGAUCGGGCCGCUCUCUCAGAGCUCAGAGCAGCGGAGAGGCUGUGCGGCGGGGGUCGGGUCCAGAGCGCAGUCCCCAGGCUGAGGUGUGCCGAGAGGAUCCGCAGCUCGAACGGCCGGAGGCGCACCGGGACCCUCCCCAGGGACGCCGAGGCCGGGCGGGCCCCGGCCAUGCGCGCCGCUCGCUGAGGCCGAGGGAGGCCGCGAUGGAGGCGCCGGCGGGCGAGCCCCCGGCGCGGGGCUGCGUUCCCCCGCCCGCGCCGGUCCUGGAGAGGAAGAAGAGCCACCGCGCGCCGUCGCCGGCCCGGCCCAAGGACGUGGCCGGCUGGUCGUUAGCCAAGGGCCGCCGCGGCCCAGGCCCGGGCGCCGCUGCCGCCUGUAGCGCCGCAUCCUCAGCGCGGCCCGACAAGAAGGGGCGCGCAGUGGCGCCAGGGGCGAGAGGCGCGGGGGCGCGGGUGGCCGGGGUCCGCACCGGGGUCCGCGCCAAGGGCCGCCCGCGUCCGGGUACCGGGCCGCGACCUCCGCCUCCGCCUCCCAGUCUCACCGACAGCAGCUCCGAGGUGUCCGACUGCGCGUCGGAGGAGGCGCGCCUGCUGGGCCUGGAGCUGGCGCUGAGCAGCGACGCCGAGUCGGCGGCCGGGGGUCCGGCGGGGGCCCGCGCCGGGCAACCUCAGCCCGCGCCAUCCGCGCACCAGCCUCCGCGGCCACCCGCUUCCCCCGAUGAGCCAUCGAUGGCCGCGUCGUCGGUGGGCAGCAGCCGUCUGCCUCUCAGUGCCUCGCUCGCCUUCUCUGACCUCACGGAGGAGAUGCUGGACUGCGGGCCCGGCGGCUUCGUGCGUGAGCUGGAGGAGCUGCGCUCCGAGAACGACUAUCUCAAGGAUGAGAUUGAGGAGCUGCGGGCUGAGAUGCUGGAGAUGCGGGACGUCUACAUGGAGGAAGAUGUGUACCAGCUGCAGGAGCUGCGGCAGCAGCUGGACCAGGCCAGCAAGACCUGCCGCAUCCUGCAGUACAGGCUGCGCAAAGCUGAGCGCCGCAGCCUGCGCGCCGCCCAGACUGGCCAGGUGGACGGGGAGCUCAUCCGAGGUCUGGAGCAGGAUGUCAAGGUCUCUAAGGACAUCUCUAUGCGGCUGCACAAGGAGCUCGAGGUGGUGGAGAAGAAGCGAGCACGACUGGAGGAGGAGAACGAGGAGCUCCGGCAGCGGCUCAUCGAGACCGAGCUGGCCAAGCAAGUGCUGCAGACGGAGCUGGAGCGACCAAGAGAGCAUUCCUUGAAGAAAAGAGGAACCCGCUCCCUGGGGAAGACAGACAAGAAGCCUUCAGCUCAGGAGGACAGCGCAGAUCUGAAGUGUCAGCUGCACUUUGCCAAGGAGGAGUCGGCCCUCAUGUGCAAGAAGCUCACCAAGCUGGCCAAGGAGAACGACAGCAUGAAGGAGGAGCUGCUCAAGUACCGCUCCCUCUACGGGGACCUGGACGCUGCCCUGUCCGCCGAGGAGCUGGCUGAUGCUCCACACUCACGGGAGACCGAGUUGAAGGUGCACCUGAAGCUGGUGGAGGAGGAGGCCAACCUGCUGAGCCGCCGCAUCGUGGAGCUGGAGGUGGAGAACCGGGGCCUGCGGGCAGAGAUGGACGACAUGAAGGAUCACGGUGGUGGCUGUGGGGGGCCCGAGGCUCGGCUGGCCUUCUCUGCACUGGGUGGCAGCGAGUGUGGGGAGAGCCUGGCAGAACUGCGGCGACAUCUGCAGUUCGUGGAGGAGGAGGCGGAGCUGCUGCGGCGCUCCUCCGCGGAGCUCGAGGACCAGAACAAGCUGCUGCUGAGCGAGCUGGCCAAGUACCGCUCGGAGCACGAGCUGGACGUGACGCUGUCGGAGGACAGCUGCUCGGUGCUCAGCGAGCCCUCGCAGGAGGAGCUGGCGGCCGCCAAGCUGCAGAUCGGCGAGCUCAGCGGCAAGGUCAAGAAGCUGCAGUACGAGAACCGCGUGCUGCUUUCCAACCUCCAGCGCUGUGAUCUCGCUUCCUGCCAGAGCACGCGGCCAAUGCUGGAGACGGACGCCGAGGCUGGGGACUCUGCCCAGUGUGUGCCCGCUCCCCUCGGCGAGGCGCACGAGCCCCACGCGGCCCGACUCUGCAGAGCCCGGGAGGCCGAGGCGCUGCCUGGGCUGAGGGAGCAGGCGGUCCUGGUCAGCAAAGCCAUUGACGUACUGGUGGCCGAUGCCAAUGGCUUCUCCGCGGGCCUUCGGCUCUGUCUGGACAAUGAAUGUGCUGACUUCAGGCUGCACGAGGCCCCUGAUAACAGUGAGGGCCCCAGGGACGCCAAGCUCAUGCACGCCCUCCUGGUGCGGCUGAGCGUGCUGCAUCAGGAGCUCAACGCCUUCACGCGGAAGGCGGACGCGGUCCUCGGUGGCUCUGCCAAGGAACAGCCAGAGCCCUUCUCUGCGCUGCCCGCCUUGGGCUCCCAGGGGCCCUCCAAGGAGAUCAUUCUGGCCAAGGACCUUGCCUCUGACUUUCAGCCGUCUGACUUCAGGGACCUGCCAGAAUGGGAGCCCAGGAUCCGAGAGACCUUCCGCACUGGCGACUUGGACUCCAAAUCUGACCCUAGUCGGAGCUUCAGGCCUUAUCGAGCUGAAGACAAUGAUUCCUAUGCCUCCGAGAUCAAGGAGCUGCAGCUGGUGCUGGCCGAGGCCCAUGACAGCCUCCGGGGUUUGCAGGAACAGCUCUCCCAGGAGCGGCAGCUACGGAAGGAGGAGGCUGACAACUUCAACCAGAAAAUGGUCCAGCUGAAGGAGGACCAGCAGAGGGCGCUGCUCAGGCGGGAGUUCGAGCUGCAGAGUCUGAGCCUCCAGAGGCGGCUGGAGCAGAAAUUCUGGAGCCAGGAGAAGAACAUGCUGGUGCAGGAGUCCCAGCAGUUCAAGCACAACUUCCUGCUGCUCUUCAUGAAGCUCAGGUGGUUCCUGAAGCGCUGGCGGCAGGGCAAGGUCUUGCCUAGCGAGGGGGAUGACUUCCUGGAGGUGAACAGCAUGAAGGAGCUGUACCUGCUGGUGGAGGAAGAGGAGAUAAGCGCCCAGCAUUCUGACAACAAGGCCUGUACGGGAGACGGCUGGACCCAGAACACGCCCAAUGAGUACAUCAAGACCCUGGCGGACAUGAAGGUGACGCUGAAGGAGCUGUGCUGGCUGCUUCGUGAGGAGCGCCGAGGUCUCACUGAGCUUCAGCAGCAGUUUGCCAAGGCCAAGGCCACCUGGGAGACAGAGCGGGCGGAGCUCAAGGGCCACGCCACCCAGAUGGAGCUGAAGGCCGGGAAGGGUCCCGGCGAGCGGGCAGGGCCCGAGUGGAAGGCGGCCCUGCAGAGGGAGCGUGAAGAGCAGCAGCACCUCCUGGCCGAGUCCUACAGCGCGGUCAUGGAGUUGACGCGGCAACUGCAAAUCAGCGAGCGCAACUGGAGCCAAGAGAAGCUGCAGCUAGUGGAGCGGCUGCAGGGUGAGAAGCAGCAGGUGGAGCAGCAGGUGAAGGAGCUGCAGAACCGCCUGAGUCAGCUGCAGAAGGCUGCUGACCCCUGGGUCCUGAAGCACUCAGACCUGGAGAAGCAGGACAACAGCUGGAAAGAGACGCGCAGUGAGAAGAUGCAUGACAAGGAGGCGGUAUCUGAAGCUGAGCUUGGGGGAACCGGCUUAAAGAGGACCAAAUCUGUUUCCUCCAUGUCUGAGUUUGAAAGUUUGCUUGACUGCUCCCCCUACCUUGCUGGCGGAGAUGCCCGGGGCAAGAAACUGCCCAACAACCCUGCCUUUACCUUUGUGAGUACUGAGCCGGUGGAUCCAGAGAAAGAUACCAAGGAAAAGGCAGGGCUAACGCCCCAGGACUCCAAUCGUCUGGGUGCACUGGCCUGCCAGGACCCUGCAGGGAGGCACAUGCAGCGCAGCUACACUGCUCCGGACAAGACCGGCAUCCGAGUCUACUACAGUCCCCCGGUGGCCCGGCGCCUGGGGGUCCCUGUGGUCCAUGACAAGGAGGGCAAAAUUCUCAUUGAGCCCGGCUUCCUCUUUACCACAGCCAAGCCCAAAGAAUCAGCCGAGGCCGACGGGCUGGCUGAGAGCUCCUACAGCCGGUGGCUGUGCAACUUCUCCCGGCAGCGCCUGGAUGUGGGGUCGGGGGGCAGCCCCUCACCAGCCGGACCGGCCUUCCCUGCGGCCCUGCAUGACUUUGAGAUGUCAGGCAACAUGAGCGAUGACAUGAAGGAGAUCACCAACUGCGUGCGGCAGGCCAUGCGCUCAGGCUCGCUGGAGAGGAAAGUCAAAAGCACAUCCAGCCAGACGGUGGGCCUGGCCAGCGUGGGCACACAGACCAUCCGCAUGGUCAGCGUGGGCCUGCAAACGGACCCGCCCCGCAGCAGCCUCCACAGCAAGAGCUGGUCACCCCGUAGCUCCUCACUUGUGUCGGUGCGCAGCAAGCAGAUCUCCUCCUCCCUGGACAAGGUCCAUUCCCGCAUCGAGCGGCCCUGCUGCUCGCCCAAGUAUGGCUCGCCAAAGCUCCAGAGGCGCUCGGUGUCCAAGCUGGACAGCACCAAGGACCGCAGCCUCUGGAACCUGCACCAGGGCAAGCAGAACGGCUCAGCCUGGGCUCGCUCCACCACCACACGGGACAGCCCGGUGCUGAGGAACAUCAACGAUGGGCUGUCCAGCCUCUUCAGUGUGGUGGAGCACUCAGGGAGCACAGAAUCCGUCUGGAAACUGGGCAUGUCCGAGACCCGGGCCAAGCCCGAGGCACCCAAGUAUGGCAUCGUGCAGGAGUUCUUCCGCAACGUGUGUGGCCGGGCACCCAGCCCCACGGCGACUGCGGGAGAGGAAGGCGCCAAGAAGCCUGAGCCCCUCUCCCCCGCCAGUUACCAUCAGCCAGAGGGCGUGGCCAGGAUCCUGAGCAAGAAGGUGGCCAAGUCAGGCAGUGGCGAGGAGGCCAGAGCCUCGAUGCUUCCCCAGGUGGGGAAGGACGGUGUGCCCCGAGAGGGAGACGGCACCUCCGUUCUUCCCAGUGAGGACGCUGUGUGUGACUGCAGUGCCCAGUCUCUUGCCUCCUGCUUUGCCAGGCCAUCCCGCUCUGCCAUCCGACACUCUCCUUCCAAGUGCCGGCUGCAUCCCUCUGAGUCUGGCUGGGGUGUGGAGGAAAGGGUGGCCCCUGCCAGUGAGUGACAGAGCAGCCCGGCUCCCUGCCUCAACCAACCCAGUUCCUGGUGGGAGGUGGAGAGGAGGCAAGGGGCCAGGCCCCAGCAUCACCAUGCCCUAGAGGGAAAGCAGCUGUACCACUGCCAGAGAAGAGCUUCACAUCAAGGUAAAGCUGGUCUCCUGCUGACCGCUGGGUGGUGAUCUCUGACUCCCAAGGGGAGGCACUGAGAGGGAGAUAGACCAAAACUGGGCCUUGGAAGCAUCCACAGAGAGCUCUGUUGGGACCAAUCCCUGAGUCCUAAAGGGGACCCUCGCCUGCUUCCACCCAUACUCACUUCUCGGAAGAGCCCAGGAAGAGAUGCACUUGUAGUCAUGCUUCAUGGAAAGGGACGCACAGAGAUGUUCCCUGCUGACCACGUACCCCUUCACUGGGGAGGAGACACCACCGAGAAAAUGGGCUUUGCUCUAGGGCCCAACUUGGGUUCCUGGCAGAGCUGGGCUAGCCACCAUCCCCUCCUCUCGGCCCUGCUGCUCUGGAUCGCUGGAACUCUAGGGGGUAUGAUAGGGCAGUAACCAGGGCCAAGAAUCCGCUUGGAGUCCUGGAGCCUUGGAUCUCCGCUCAUACCCAGAGCAGUGAGAACUGGGAGACAGUGGGAAUGAGUAGGGUUUAGGUCGGGGCCAUUGGCAUUUCCUCCCUGUCAAAGUGCUGGGGGCAGGGGGAGCCUUCCCAGGAGACCCUGUGGAGACAGAAAUAGGUAGUCAGUCUUAAGAACUGGUGCAUAAAUAAAUGCCUACAUGCCCACGCCUUGACCUGGGGCCUCUUCCCCCAGCGCCCUGGAGGAGACCGCGUCUCCUCUGUGUUUACAUCCUGCAGCUGGAGUUGGGCAAGGAUAUUCCCAAUAGGAGACUCCCAGGUGGUCACAUCAGGCCAAGGAGAAUUCUAAGGCCAGAGUCCCUGGACAUCGCAGUAGACUGGAGCCCAGUAACAACACAUUUCUUGCCUAGAUUGUUUAUUUGAAUUUUUCAUACUAUAAAUAUUUAAGGUGGUUUACUUUAUUUUAAUAAUUUAAUUUACCCCAAAGUCCUUAAGGUAAUUUAUUGGAUUGAGACAUGUGUUCUUGCCACUGGGACAAUGUGGGACUCACAACACCAUGGACAGGCCUGGGGUCCCCAGUGUGGACCAGGUGGCUCAGCAACCAUGCUCUGGUCUCCUGGCCAGUUUAGAAGGGCCCCUCACCAGACCUGGCGCCCUGCAGCUUGCUCCCCCAACACCGCUGACCCUCCAGCCCAGAGCACUACUUCCAGCACCUGGUACUUGCCCAGCACCCCUGGAGGGCAGUCUAAAUGCUCCGGAUAGGGUGGGGGGCCAGACCGUGACACCGCUCCCCAUUCUCCAUUUCCCGUCUCAUUUUCCUCUCUUCUCUGAAACCUUCUGUAAUGAGUCAAACCUGGAUCACUACAGCUCUAUCAAGAGCACCCAGAUCCCUCCAAGUUCCCCAAGUGAGAACUCGCAGGAAAACAGGAUGGACUUCGAGAAUGUUGUUUACUGCAGCUUUGCACAUGGAUCUGAGAGUGUCUACCAGCCUGCCUCAGUUCUCACCAACCUGCCGGCCUUUUCACCAGCCUGUCUCCUCAGCCUUACGGCCUCUCGCGGCUCUUCUGCCAGCACCGGCCCCACUGCCUGCCCUCUCCCACGCCCGCGGCAGCCGCUCCCGCCGUCAGAUGGACUGACUGUGGCUCACUGCAGUACCGUGAGGAAGGCCUCAUGCGGCCUCUCCCUUGGUGCCAGUGAACCCAUUUUGGUUGUGCACUUGCCUGCCCACUACACACACAGAUGUACAGCCCACUGUCACUGACUGGGGACCCAGAGUUACAUCACAGGACGGAUUGGCUUGUCCACACAAUUCCCCAUCGGGAAAGCCAAGAGCGUUGCAAGUUCACCCCCCAGACUCAGCAGAUGCCUCUGUACUUCCUCCUGCCAGUAAUCACCCUUUCAGGGUCGUCUGGACCCCUCAGCCGGUGUCCUUCAUCCCCAUUCCCCAAUGGCAGCACGUCGGGGGCACGCCAGUCCUACCAGCUGCUUCCUCGUGCCCUAGUGACUUGUGUGGGCACAGCUGGCAGGCCAGUGGAACCGUGGGCCUUUUCUCCUCUGAGAUGCUGACAUCCCACUCAAGAGGUCAGGAGGCCCCGCUAAGGCUAUCUGUAGCGAGAGGAUUCACACCAGGCCACAAGCCACCAGAGGCCUUUUGCCACCUCCCCGAGCUAAAGAGGGCUAGGGGGGCUGCACUCUCACCCUUGGGGAGAAACCUCGUGAGACCUGAACCCAGGGCCCGCAGGCCACUCAGCCUUACCAUCGUCCUCAUCUGAGAUUGUCGUGCUAUAUUCAUUGUCUGGGCAUCUGGCCCCCACGGUCCCCGGCGGGUGUUGGGGGUUCCGGGUCUUGGUUUUCAGUGAAGUCCUGGUUUCUACUCCUUGCAUGCCACUGUGCAAGGCCACUCGUCACUGUUCCCAUAGAAGCCUCUGGACACGGAGCUUAAUGGGGUUGAAAAUGUUAAGUGUAAAUACUGGUUUGGUUUCAUUUUUAGCAUUUUACUUGGUAACUGGUUGUGUUUUCUUUUUGGGGGUGGGAGGGUUGGUUUGUAAAAACUCUCUACUCUUUUGGAAUGUAAUUUCUAAGUUUGUUUGUUUCCUCAAAAUGCCUUUUUUAUGUCUUGGUAACAUUCCCAAAGCAGAAAACUGCCUGACCCACAAGUGGGGGCUCCCCUGGAGGAUUGGGGGGAAGGAAUGCUGCCCUUCUUCCCUUUCUUCCCCUUCCUGCUCCCUUCUAUCUUUCACUCCUAGCCCCUCCUCCUCUUCCUCUUCCUCCUCCUCCUCCCUGAGCUUUCUUCUUCCUUUGCCCCAUUUCCUCUCUUUUCAACCAAAGUCCCAAGGAACCCUGGGGUCCUAAUCCCCUAAAGGCAGGUAGGGUGCAUGGGUUGACACCAGUUGGUUGGGGGAGGUGGUGGACCAGUUCCAUGAUUGACCUCAAACUGGGUGACUUCACAUUUCCUCUGUCUGACCUUUUCCCAGAGCUAAAUUAGACCCUCCCGGAGGCAGCGGUGACUGUAUGUGAAAUGAAAAUAAAUCAAACCACUUUGGUGCAUCGGCUCUGAGGCCUGGAUCACACACAAGUCAUCGUAAUUCAGUUCCCUGUCCCACCAGCCCUUUCUGCCAGUCCUUCUUCACCCAAAGCUGACCUCCAAGAGGUCUUGCUGUCUAUGAACACAAGAUGAGCCCCAUCACUUGGCCCCCACAGGAAUCCUCUUCUACCUUCUGGCCUCCCGGUGACAAAGCUGAGGGCCCCGAGACUUGAUCCUCUUAUACUCUGAUGCCAGUAUGACCCCAUCGUACCUGCUCUCAGGCACCUUUCAUAGACUUAUCAUCCAACAUCUUCUGUUGCCCAGGUAACCUCAAAGCUCUUCCUCUUCCUGCCCAUCCAGGAAGUCUCCCUGCUCCAGCCUUAUCAGCCGCCAAGCUCCCACUACCUCUUCAUUAAUAAGAAUGACAAUCCCCUGUACAUCCCACCAAGAGCACUUUACUAUCUAGAGAUCACUUUCCACCUUGCCAUCUCCUUUAGGUCUCUCGAGGACAACUCUCCGGAGGCACCCUUGACAGGACAGAAACAGGUACAGGCCUCACCCCAGAGCACCCACCUGAGAAGUCAGCAAGUUCAGAUGAGAACUUGGGUCUAAUGGUUGGGUCACCCAGCCCUGCUUUGUCCUGCUUACUCUGCAAACCCACUGUCUCACUGGGAGCACUGGCAAGGUGAAACAAAACAAGUUCACUUGAUCACUAGACCUGUGUGUUCCAGAGGGUGUUCUGGGGAUUCUCUUGCAUUAGAAUCUUCUGAGGGUGUGUGCAAAAUGCAAAUUCCUGAACCCCACCCCACUCUUCUGUGCCAAGAAUCUGCAUGUUCAGCCAGUUCCCUUGGGGAUCCCAAGCACCACUGGCCACAACAUUUGUAUUCACAGCUUGACCAUUAGGCCAUCAUUCUUUCAUUCUUUCCAUCAAUAAUCACAAUGUUAUUUUAUUAUUUUAUUUUAUUUUAUUUUAUUUUAUUUUAUUUUAUUUUGCAGUAAUGGGGAUUGAGCCCAGAGAUCCUCCACCACCUAACUACGUCCCCAGCUCUUUGUAUUUAUUUAUUUAUUUUUUAAUUUUAAGGCAGCAU